AUGCUGUUAACAUUGUUGCUCUUGCCGUUCUUCUCGCUUAUGAGACGAAUUACCUCAAAGGAUCCGAAUCACAGUUACCUCGAUGAGCUACUUUUUGCGAAAUUUGCCGAGUUGGAUCAGAAAGUGGCAUUGUUACGCGAGGAAAUGGAUAGUAUAGCCAUGCUACUGGAAAGAAGAAAGAGAGCAAGAGAUACAUCGCUAUCGUUCGCUAAUCAAAUCAUUCGUAGAACUGAUCGCCUCCCUCAAUGGGCGCCGUUAGAGACAUGGCAGGCAGUUGCCGUGCAAUCAACCCAGGAGAGCUGUCCUCCAAUUCUAGCAUGUGGUGUCGAAGCUGAAAGUCAAUUGUACAGUGCUGAGUUACCAGUUGAACACGAUCAGCCACUUGGACCAUAUCGACGCGAUGCGGCGAACAUCACUUCACGUUUCACGUUUCACCCUUACAGUAGGGCGACGAACAAUGAGCGGGCAGCCCUGUCAUUGCCUGCGACAGUGAAAGUGAGCACUUCACAAGCGUUUGCUAUGGAUAGUCCCGGUGGAAUCAUGGAAAGUCCCAGUUAUCUGGAACUGCUUGCGGAAUUCGAAGAUCGCCUUGCUAAUGCUAAUGCGCAACCUAUAAUUUUGGAUCAUGACGAUUGUGCAGAGGAUCCACCGUCAGAUCCUGACGACAAUAUUGGAGCUGUUGAUGAUGAUUGA